GGGCCCGGCCCAGCGACCGCCCCCGCCGCCCAGCGACCGCCCGGGCCCUCGGGGCGAGGACCGCGGACCUUCCUGGUGGCGCGGCAGUCGGGCGGCUCCUCCUUCCUCCCGGCCCUGGCGUGGAGCAGCGGGACACAGGUUCCCACGCUGGCGCCCGGCGACCUGGAGGGGCUGCGGAGGGGCCUCAGGAAAAUCGGGGCUGCCCAGCGGGUUCCGCAACUCCCCCCAGUUCUGAGGGAGGCUUCAGGGGAUUACAGACGGUCUCAAGAGGGAGGCCCAGCCGGUCCCGGGGCCCGCUCAGGCCCAGCAGCUCCAUGGAGGACGCCGGCGAGGACCCCACCACGUUUGCUGCCCACUCUCUGCCCAGUGACCCCCGUCUCUUGGCCACUGUGACCAACGCAUACCUGGGCACACGAGUGUUUCACGACACGCUGCACGUGAGCGGCGUGUACAAUGGGGCUGGUGGGGACACGCACCGGGCCAUGCUGCCCAGCCCCCUCAACGUCCGGCUGGAGGCUCCUGCAGGGAUGAGGGAGCAGCUGACCGAGACCUUUGCCCUGGACACCAACACAGGCUCCUUUCUUCACACCUUGGAGGGCCCCCGCUUCCGGGCCUCCCAGUGCAUCUAUGCGCACCGCACGCUGCCCCACGUCCUGGCUUUCCGUGUGUCCAUCGCCCGCCUGGCCCCCGGGAGUGGGCCCAUCACGCUGCUCCUGCGGUCAGUCUUCUCCCCAGAAAGCCCAGACCUGGACCUGCAUCAGGGUCCUGACUUCCAGGGAGCCCGGUACCUGUAUGGCCAGACCCUCACCCCUGAGCAGCCCUGGGGGCCACAGCAAGAGGUGCACAUGCUGUGGACACCAGCACCCCCAGACCUGACCCUUGGGGAAGGUGAGGAGGACAGGACGUGGGACUUCCUGACGGCGGUGGGCAGCAGCCAGGCUGAGGCCCAGGCCUGUCUCACUGAGGCCCUGCAGCUGCAGGCCAGGGGAGCUCUGUACACGGCUCACACACAGGCCUGGGCCCAACUCUGGGCAGAAUGUGGCUUGGACAUGGUGGGGCCCCUGCCGCUGCGCCAGGCCCUGCGUGGCUCCCUCUACUACCUGCUCAGUGCCCUGCCCCAGCCCAAGGCCCCAGGAUACAUCUGCCAUGGCCUCAGUCCUGGGGGCCUCUCCAAUGGGAGCCGUGAGGAAUGCUACUGGGGCCACGUCUUCUGGGACCAGGACCUCUGGAUGUUCCCGAAUAUCCUGAUGUUCCACCCAGAAGCCGCCAGGGCCAUCCUGGAGUACCGAAUCCGCACGCUGGGCGGGGCCCUGGAGAACGCCCAGAACCUGGGCUACCAGGGAGCCAAGUUUGCCUGGGAGAGUGCAGGCUCCGGCCUAGAGGUUUGCCCUGAGGACAUUUACGGAGCCCAGGAGGUCCACAUCAACGGGGCCGUGGUGUUGGCCUUCGAGUUGUACUACCAUACCACCCAGGACCUGCAGCUAUUUCGAGAGGCUGGUGGCUGGGACGUGGUCAGGGCUGUGGCCGAGUUUUGGUGCAGUCGUGUUGAGUGGAGCCCCAGGGAGGAGGAGUACCACCUGAGAGGAGUCAUGUCCCCCGACGAGUACCAUUCAGGGGUCAACAACUCUGUGUACACCAACGUCCUGGUCCAGAACAGCCUGCGCUUUGCUGCUGCCCUGGCCCAGGACCUGGGUCUGCCCAUCCCCAGUCAGUGGCUGGCGGUGGCUGACAAGAUCAAGGUACCCUUUGACGUGGAGCAGAACUUCCAUCCGGAGUUCGAUGGGUAUGAGCCUGGAGAGGUGGUGAAGCAGGCAGACGUCGUGCUCCUGGGAUACCCUGUCCCCUUCUCCCUGAGUCCUGACGUUCGCAGGAAAAACCUGGAGAUUUACGAGGCUGUGACGUCCCCCCAGGGCCCCGCCAUGACCUGGAGCAUGUUUGCUGUGGGCUGGAUGGAGCUGAAGGACGCAGCGCGGGCCUGGGGCCUCCUGGACAGGAGCUUUGCCAACAUGGCUGAACCCUUCAAGGUGUGGACGGAGAAUGCAGACGGGUCAGGUGCUGUGAACUUCCUGACAGGCAUGGGAGGCUUCCUGCAGGCCGUGGUCUUCGGGUGCACGGGGUUCAGGGUGACCCGAGCGGGUGUGACCUUUGACCCUGUGUGUCUGCCGGGGAUCUCCAGAGUGAGCGUCUCCGGCAUCUUCUACCAGGGGAACAAGCUCAACUUCUCUUUUUCCGAGGACUCCGUGACUGUGGAGGUCACAGCUCGAGCAGGACCCUGGGCUCCCCACCUGGAGGCUGAGCUGUGGCCGUCCCAGUCCCGGCUCUCCCUGUUGCCAGGACACAAGGUCUCCUUUCCCUGCUCGGCUGGCCGGAUACAAACGUCACCCCCGAAGCCACCUGGAAGUUCCAGCUCCGAGUUCCCUGGGACCACUUUUUGAGAUGUUAGGGACCCGCUCCAGAGCCCCCUCUGGGUCACCCUGGGUUCCUCCAGCCCCACUGAGUCACUCACUGUGGACCCUGCCUCUGAAUAAUCAGGAACGUUGGCUUCA